AUGUCCCCACCCACUUACCUCGCCAUUGGUCUACGGCGCCGCUCGCGCGGGCUGGGGGGCCCCGCUCCGCCAGAGCCGGACAGCGGCCCCCAGCGCUGCGGCAUCCGCACCUCAGACAUCAUCAUCUUGCCCCACAUCAUUCUCAACCGCCGUACAUCCGGCAUCAUCGAGAUCGAGAUCAAACCGCUGCGCAAGAUGGAGAAGAGCAAGUCCUAUUACCUGUGCACGUCGCUUUCCACUCCGGCCCUGGGUGCAGGAGGCCCGGGGUCCGCGGGUGGCGCCGUCGGGGCCAAGGGCGGCUCUGGGGUGGCGGGACUCCCGCCGCCCCCGUGGGCCGAGACCACCUGGAUUUACCACGAUGGCGAGGACACCAAGAUGAUCGUGGGCGAGGAGAAGAAGUUCUUGCUGCCCUUUUGGCUGCAGGUGAUCUUCAUUUCGCUGCUGCUGUGCCUGUCGGGCAUGUUCAGCGGCCUCAACCUGGGGCUCAUGGCCCUGGACCCGAUGGAGCUGCGCAUCGUGCAGAACUGCGGCACCGAGAAGGAGAAGAAUUACGCCAAGCGCAUCGAGCCCGUGCGCAGGCAGGGCAACUACCUGCUGUGCUCGCUGCUGCUGGGCAACGUGUUGGUCAACACCACGCUCACCAUCCUGCUCGACGACAUCGCUGGCUCAGGCCUCGUGGCGGUGGUGGUCUCCACCAUCGGCAUCGUCAUCUUCGGGGAGAUCGUGCCCCAGGCCAUCUGCUCCCGGCACGGCCUGGCUGUAGGUGCCAACACCAUCUUCCUCACCAAGUUUUUCAUGAUGAUGACCUUCCCCGCUUCUUACCCGGUCAGCAAGCUGCUAGACUGCGUCCUGGGCCAGGAGAUUGGUACCGUCUACAACCGGGAAAAACUGCUGGAGAUGCUCCGGGUCACCGACCCCUAUAACGACCUCGUUAAAGAGGAGCUGAACAUCAUUCAAGGGGCGCUGGAGCUCCGCACCAAGACCGUGGAGGAUGUGAUGACUCCCCUCCGGGACUGCUUCAUGAUCACCGGCGAGGCCAUCCUGGACUUCAACACCAUGUCGGAGAUCAUGGAGAGCGGCUACACUCGCAUUCCGGUGUUCGAGGGGGAGCGCUCCAACAUCGUGGACCUGCUCUUUGUCAAAGACUUGGCCUUCGUGGACCCGGAUGACUGUACUCCCCUGAAAACCAUCACCAAAUUUUAUAACCACCCCUUGCACUUUGUUUUCAAUGACACCAAGUUGGACGCUAUGCUGGAAGAAUUUAAGAAAGGCAAAUCACACCUGGCUAUCGUGCAGCGGGUAAACAAUGAGGGAGAAGGGGACCCGUUCUAUGAAGUUCUGGGGAUUGUCACCUUAGAAGACGUGAUCGAAGAAAUCAUCAAAUCCGAGAUUCUAGAUGAGACAGAUUUAUACACUGAUAACAGAACAAAAAAGAAAGUGGCCCACCGUGAAAGAAAACAAGACUUUUCUGCCUUUAAGCAGACAGACAGCGAGAUGAAGGUGAAAAUAUCCCCACAACUUCUCCUGGCCAUGCACCGUUUCCUAGCAACAGAAGUAGAAGCAUUUAGCCCAUCCCAGAUGUCAGAGAAGAUUCUUCUAAGGCUGCUAAAGCACCCCAAUGUCAUCCAGGAGCUGAAGUAUGAUGAGAAGAACAAGAAAGCCCCAGAAUACUACCUCUACCAGCGAAACAAACCUGUAGACUACUUCGUUCUCAUUCUGCAGGGGAAAGUGGAAGUAGAAGCUGGGAAAGAAGGUAUGAAGUUCGAAGCGAGUGCUUUUUCGUACUAUGGCGUAAUGGCCUUGACGGCCUCUCCAGUUCCUUUGUCCCUGUCUCGUACCUUUGUUGUCAGCAGGACAGAGUUGUUAGCAGCAGGUUCUCCAGGUGAAAACAAGUCGCCGCCUCGCCCCUGCGGCCUGAACCACUCAGACUCUCUGAGCCGCAGCGACAGGAUCGAUGCCAUCACCCCGACGCUGGGCAGCAGCAAUAACCAGCUCAACUCCACGCUCCUUCAAGUCUACAUCCCCGACUACUCCGUGCGCGCCCUGUCCGACCUGCAGUUCGUGAAGAUCUCAAGACAGCAAUACCAAAAUGCCUUGAUGGCAUCCCGGAUGGACAAAACCCCUCAAUCUUCAGACAGUGAAAACACUAAAAUCGAAUUGACUCUUACGGAGCUGCAUGACGGGUUGCCAGAUGAGACGGCCAACCUGCUCAAUGAACAGAACUGCGUGUCACACAGUAAGGCCAAUCACAGCCUGCACAACGAAGGCGCCAUCUAGGGAUGCCCGCCGGCCCUCGCCCCGCACCGGGGGCGUGUCUGACCACGACUUCCAUUAGUGUGAGCUCGUAUGCCCUGCUGCAUCCUGCGACAUUCUGAGACCAAAGACUUUGUCCCCUUCCUGGGAGCCACAGAAGAGGAUGGUGAGGGGCGCAAUGGAACCGAGAGACGUGAGAGGGACAGCUGGGGCACGGCGGUCAAGGUUUUAGAGAUGAACUUCUGCCCAAAUAGAAUCAUGUUUAUUUUUUCAGCUGUACCUUAUCAUUAUUCACUCUCCUCCCUCGAUCUGCAUGAAGUCGAAAAUUGUUGCGAUUUAUUUUUUCAAGAGAUCAUGUUUUUUAAAGUGUCUUUUGCAGAGUUUUAGGUCGUUCUGUCCAAACUCUGCUGUGAUCCCAUGAUGACCCUCAUAGGAUGGACUUGCCCCUGGAGUGGCUGCCUUUGGCCCUCCCAGAGAAGGGAGCCCUUCCUCUGUGUCCCAGUGGGUGUCACUGUCGAACUUGAUGGAUGAAUGAAGAAAAUUGUGUUUCUGCAGAACCUGCCAAGGCUGUCAUCGGCGUGGAGUCUAGCCUGCGGAGGGACCUGCAGUCACCUCUCUAAGCUCAGUGUUGUUGGGAGAUUUGGAUGUUUAACCAUACCCCUUUCCCUCAGGAAGGCUUAAUGUGUGCUUGGGAAUGUGAUUUUGCUUCCACCCUAAGGAAUUUUUAUCACCAAAAUGAAUGUUAAUGAAUUUCAAACCCAUGA